AUGGCGGGCCAGGAUGCAAAAAAACAAGAUGCCAAGGAGCAGAAGCAAGAUGGGAAGCAGCAAGGAGGCUUCUCGGAAGAAGAGACGAAGCAGGAGUCGGCCAAGAUGGCGAAUCAGUCUCAAGAGGCUGCGAAGAAAGCCGAUGAGUUGUUACAGGCUGCUGCUGGUGCUAGUGAUCCGGACGAGAGACAGAAAUUGCUUAAUGAGGCCCUGGAACAGCAAGUCAAAGCAGGGUCGUUUGGGCUCGGGGCCCUUGCCGGAUGGAUUGGUGGACCAAUGUUCAAAGUUGGCGACGCAGCUGGCGGGGCAAUACGCAAAAUCACUGGUGACCUACCUGGAUGGGUCGCCAGUGAGGAGCAGAAGGAAGCCAUCGAGAAAAUGAUGGGUCAGAUCAAGGAUACGGAUACUCCGAACCGGAAGGAAUUGGAGCAGUUGCAGAAACAGGGUCCUGUAGAGGAAACGGUCAACAGGGCGCAGGUGGGGUAUGCUGACCAGAAGAAGAGUUGGACGGGUUAUGCCUCUUCUUUUAUGUCUGGUGGUGGUGGUGGCAAGGGAGGAAGGGAGGCAGACGGCGGCGAGAAGUCUGCUUCGGGCGGGGAGAAGCAGAGUACUCCGCAGAAGAGGAAGCCUGAGCAGGGAACGGAAAUUCAAGACAAGUCAAAAUCGGCUAAAAGUAGUGCAAAGCAGGGUGAUGGUCCACAACCAGCCAAAAGCUCAUCGUCAAAAGCGUCGCAGCCAGCAGCCGAAGGAGGCGAGCAAAAAGCGCCACAGCAGCCAGGAGAGAAGCGGAAGCCUCGUAAACUACGCCCUAGUGGUGCAGCAGACAAGGCUGGUAGUCCGAGCGGGGCGAACAAGCCAACGCCACAGAAGAAGCCUAGUCAAAGCGACACAAUGGCUGCAGCCAAGACACCUGCUGGUAAUAAUGGUGCGAAGACAGCGAAGCCACAGGGCGAGAAAGCUGGUGCACAGAAGCCUAAGCCGCAGCCAAAAGGAAAGCCGGAUCAGAAGUCUGUCGAUGCAUUGAAAUCAAAGAUGGUUUAA